AUGUCGCAUUUGGGAGGUCCUGAAAAGUUCAAUUUUAUUACAAAUCAGUACGCGCCUACCAUGAGAAUUAAAUUGUUUCUUUUUCUUUUCGCGUUCGCAGCUAUCACACGAGCGGCUGAUGAUCCAGCGACCACAGCUGAGGAAGAUGGGCAGGUGGUCGCUGGGCCCAAAGAUGUUGCCCUCAAGGUUACCGGCCUAGAAAAUUCUAUCAGCGUCGCUGUGGAAGGCAAGAACGAGAAUGAUGAAGCGAGGAAGAUCAUGGCCAAGAUCGGACAUGAUAAAGUGGAAGAACAUAUGGAGAAAGUGAAGAAUAAGAUCGACGAUGAAAAGAUCAAGGGGGAUGAAAUGAAGAUGCAACUAACCUACCCGGGGCGGGGUUAUAUCGGAAGACAGGAGCUAGUCGGCCCUAAGAAUCUUGCUGUCUCGAAAGCCAAAGAGAUUCUGAAAGGCAAGGGGGCACAUAGGCGUGUCCUGUCAACCAAGCGUCGCCUCCACCAUGCACCUCAGGAACAUGCCGGCAAGCACAUUAUGCACGCUGAUGGCACUAUUUCCCUUGAAGGCGACCCAUCACCUCAAAAGAAAGGAACUUCAGCCGACCUCAGGGAACAGGGCAAGAGCUACAGAAAGGGGGUGCAAAAUAAACCACAGAACGAGCUGGCCCAGAACGAGCCAGCACAGAACCAACCAGCACAGAAUCAGCCGGCACAGAAUCAGCCGGCACAGAAACGGCCAGCACAGGACCAGCCAGCACAGAACCUGCCAGCACAGAAACGGCCAGCGCAGAACCAGCCAGCACAGAACCAGCCAGAACAGAACCAACCAGAAGAUGAUCAGAUAGUGAAAGAUGCCAAAGAAAUACAAUCUGGCGCGCCAAGGCCCCCGCCAACGGAGGUUGAACUCAGCGACGCAGUGAAGGAACUCAAGCAACAAACGGUAGAAUGGGAAAUAGACAUAACCGGCAGCGGUGAGUCGUGUUCGGUCAGCUACGUACCACGGGGACUACAACGAAGAGGUUGCGGCGGCGCCAGUGUGAAGCAAAGCCCAGCAGCGAAGAGUCCAGCAACUGCGUUGAACAAGCAACCGGCCCCUAAGCCUCCAACCGGGCCUGGGAAGAAGUCGGGAACACAAGAGGGCAGGAAGUCUGGAAGGCCUCAUGGAAAACGACCAGCAACUCAAGGUGCAAGGAGAAAGGGAAAUCAAUCCUCCAGAAGGCCCACCGGAAAGCAGACCAAACAAUCCCCCGGAAAAUCUGGUGCAAGGAAGGCCUUCGAUAAGAAAAAAGCACCCGUCGGAGGCAGGCACAAGAAAGACGCUGCCCUGGGUGCAAUGAAGGCUGGGGGCAAGAAGAAGACGGCUACCUCCAAAAAGGGUGCUCCUCCCAAGAGAUCAGCCAAGAACGAUGCUAUCUCAAAGAAGCCACACAGGAAGGCUAUUCUUAAGAAAGGGGCUAAUCCAAAAAAGCCAGUGAAGAAGGAUGCUACUCCUAAAAAACCACACCGGAAGGCUACUGCCCCUAAGAAAGAGGUUAAUGAUAAAAAGUCAGGCAAGAAGGGCGCUACUCCUAAGAAGGGUAUUAAGAAUGCUGCAGCUGCUAGGAAGCCUGGAAAGAAGGCUGUUCACAAGAAAGGACCUAAUCUGAAAAAGUCAGGGAAGAAGGGUUCUGUUCUUAAGAAGCCUGUUAAAAAUGCUUCUACCUCUAAGAAGCUAGGAAGGAAGGCUACUGUCCUCAAGAAAGGCACCAGCCAUCGAAAUACUGGCAAGAAAGGCACUAUUCCCAACAAGGUUGCGAAGAAGAAGCUUGGAAAAAGCCCCGCUACUUCCAAGAAGCCUGACAGGAAGAGUGCCACUGCUCUCAAGAAGACUGCAGACUCCAAGAAGCUUCACAGCAAGGCCGUUGUCGCUAAAAAGGCAGCUAAAAAGCCUGCCCAGAAGCUUGGCAAGAAAGGUGCUGCCAGAAAGAGUGCUGAUCGGCGACCUCUGACUCGAAAGAAGAUUGUCAAGAAACCUGUUGCUCCGAAGAAAUCGGGAAAGAGACCUGUCACCCCCAAGAAAUCAGGCAAUCCAAAGAAGAUCGUCCCUCUCAAGAAUGAUGCGAGGCUGAAGAAAGCUCCUGUUUCUAAGAAGGCCUCUACCAAAAAAGGCCCUAUAUCUCAAAGGCUAACUGUUCCCAGGAAGCCUACUGCUCAAAAGAAGGUCACUACCCCAAAGAAGGCUUCCCCUUUGCAGAAGGCCACCACGCCUAAGAAGACUGCUCUUUCAAAGAGGCCUACUACCCCUAAGAGGAUCACUACUCCGAAGAAAGCUCCUCCUCCUAAGAAGCCAGCUCCUAAAAAGGCUACUCCUAAGAAGGUUGCUCCUAAGAAGAUUACUUCUAAAAAGGCUACCCCAAAGAAGGCCACUCCUCCUAAGAAAGCUGCUGCUCCUAAGAAGGCUGCUCCUAAGAAAGCUCACCCCCCAAAGAAGACUGCUGCUAAAAAGGCUGCCUCUCCCAAGAGGAGCAAGAGGAGCUUCAAACGAAGCUUACUUCUCCCAGGUGUAGUUUCGACAUGA